CGUACAGAAUAUGCGGAAUGGGCGGACAUGGCUGCCAUCCUCCAGAGGGCUUGGAAACGGUUCAUCAAUACUGUUCCGGGUGAAUGGAAACCGGAGCUUACAUUUAGAGAUUACCCUUGUAUGAGGCAGGAAAAAGGGAAUAACUUAUGUGGAUACUACGUCUGCACCUUCAUGCGUGACAUGUCCUGUCCCAAGGGUGGGGAUCCCCAAAUACACCACACUCGUAUGACACGCCUGCGGGACACUCUCAUAACAGCGGAUCAAAUAAAAGCAAUUCAAGAGGAAAUCGCGGGAUUCUUUAUUACCGAGGUCCUUACCCCAGGUGGAGAGCACUAUCGGAAGAUCGUGACGGCGGAGGAUAUUCGUUCAGGAAAAGUUGUAUUGUAAAUAUGCAUGCAUUACGUGUACUGUGUUGACUAUGUCGUGUACUGUUGACGAUGUCUAUAUAUAUUCAUGACGAUUUUUUGUGGUUUCUUGAAUGAUAUAUAUAUGCAUUGCUGAAACUCUGCCGCGGCAAGGGAAACAGACUGUUUCUCUGCUGCGGCAGAGAAACGCUGGUACAGCCCAAAUCUGUGCCGCGGCAGAGAAAUAGCAAUUCUCUGCCGCGGCAGAGAAACAUAGGCCCGGUUCGUACCACGAACCGGGACCAAAGCCCUUCCAGCGCGAGCUCCCUGGUCGCACCACGUGUUGAGGCCUUUAGGCCCGGUUUAUCUUUGAACCGGGA